CGUGCGCCGAGCGCGCUUCUUCCCGCCUCCCCGGAGCUGCUGGAGUUCGACGACGACGAGGACCUGGAAGUGUUCAGCAAGGAUGCAUCCCUAACAGAGGUAAAUUCAUUCAGUCCUUUGAUGCCAAUGUCUCCCUCUUCGAUGAUAAACCAGUACAAAUUUGAGGAUGAGUCAGAAUCAAAGGAUAUUUUCAUUAUAGUUGAUGACCCGGAAAGCCACGUCACUGCCAUUGAGACGUUCAUCACUUACAGGGUUGUUACAAAGACAAGCCGCAGUGAAUUUGACUCCAGUGAAUAUGAAGUUAGACGGCGGUAUCAAGAUUUCCUUUGGUUAAAGGGGAGACUUGAAGAUGCACACCCGACACUUAUCACUCCUCCGUUGCCUGAAAAAUUCAUAAUGAAAGGAGUUGUGGAACGAUUUAAUGAAGAAUUCAUUGAAACAAGAAGGAAAGCUUUACAUAAAUUUUUAAACCGUAUUGCUGAUCAUCCAACUUUAACAUUUAAUGAGGACUUUAAAAUUUUUCUUACUGCACAAGCCUGGGAACUUUCAUCUCACAAGAAGCAGGGUCCUGGGCUGUUCAGCAGAAUGGGACAAACAGUCAAAGCAGUUGCUUCAUCCAUGCGAGGAAGCUCCGUGAAAAGCCGCCCUGAAGUCUUUACUGAAAUGAGUGACUAUGUGGACAUAUUUAGCCAGAAAAUCAGUCUGUUGGACAAAAUCUCGCACCGAGUUUACAAGGAAGAGAAAGACUAUUUUUCUGAAAUGAAGGAAUUUGGCCCAAUCCACACGCUUUGGUCUGCCUCUGAAGAAGACCUCGUGGACACACUUAAAGGGAUGGCCGGCUGCAUUGACAGGUGUUGCAAAGCUACGGAGAAAAGGAUGGCUGCACUCUCCGAAAGCCUCUUCCCUGCCAUCCAUGAAUAUUUGCUGUACAGUGAAAUAUUAAUGGGGGCUUUGAAAAGAAGAGACCACAUCCAAGCAGAACUGGACUCCAAACUCGAUGCGAUGUAUAAUAAAAAGGCAGAAAAUGAUCUGCUGUCUGAAGAGAUUGGAAAACUUGAAGACAAGGUCGAGUGUGCCAAUAAUGCUUUGAAGGCUGACUGGGAUAGAUGGAAGCAAAGCAUGCAUCUAGAUAUGAAGCUGGCAUUUAGUGACAUGGCAGAAAAUAAUAUCCACUAUUAUGAACAGUGCCUUGCUACCUGGGAGUCCUUCUUGACAUCUCAAACAACAAAAGACAUUUGCUUGGAAGAAGAAUCAGAAGAUCAAACCUCCUCCUAAUGGGGAUCUGUUAAUCUUCCUCUGAAAUGUCGCUAGCCAAAGAAGUGCUGUGUAUAGAAGAUCACAUCCUUUUAUUCCAUAGAACCAUUAUGUUUCAAAAAUAGGUGGAAAGCAAACUUAUUAAGUCUCAGGUAUUCUACUGUCCUGGAUGUAUUUGAAUAACGGUGUGUGCAUGCAUGUGUGCGUGCGCACACACACUCACACAUGCAUACACAUACACACAAGGAGGUAGACCCAAUUUGGAUGUGACAGUAAACACUGGUUUAGCAUUAUAAUGAUGAGCCUGGGUGAUAGGCUCAUACACUCCCACCUCUUUCAUCCUCCUAUGUAGCCAUCAGGAGGAGGUCAAAAGCAUCCACUUCAAUUGCAGAUUAACCACAAACUGAAUCCUAAAUUGUGUGAUCCCUAUGUUAGGUUUAAUCUUAACUAUGGUUUGUUGAAACAAACUAGCUUUUUAGAUGUUAGGUUGUUUCAACAAAUCAUGGUUGAGGUAAACCACAGUUUGCCAGGUUUGAAGAACAUAGUGAGCUGAAAUUAGUUUUUAAAAAUCAGAAGUGGAAAGCUUCCAGAUUUCUCAUGCAUACCAAAGGAAAGCAGAGGAGGAAGCACGUGCAAACCCAAAGGCUUGCCUAUGCUUAUUUUGAUAGUGCUAAACUAUAGCUUAGAGAGUGUCUGAACUCAGCCACAAACACAAAGAGAGGGAUAAAUCUGGUUCCCAACACUUUUUUGAAUAUAUGUAGAAUUUUUUUAAAAGUCUGUAAUUUGGAUAUAAAAUAUUUUAAAUAUGUAAAAUUAGUUCCAUUUUAAUAAUAAAAGUUUAAGAGGAA